AUGGGCACCGGUGCUUCGACCUCGCCGUCGACGUCCCCGAAAUCGGCAGCCAAGCCGGCAGCAGCGAAGCCUGCGGAGACAGCGAAGAGCAGCAGGCUCUUCGUCGGCGCCAAUUGGAAAUGCAGCUUAGAGACGGUGGAGGAGGUGGACAAACUGCUCGGCGAGAUGGUGGCCUGCUUCGGCGCUGGAGGACCAGAAGGCGUUGAGCUGUGCGUCUUUGCACCCUACGUUUUCAUCGAGCGGGCGAAGUACACAUUGGGGACAGGCAUCCACGUUGGCAGCCAGAAUGCGUGGGAUGCUGCCGAGGGCUUCGCCUGCACGGGAGUGGUCUCGGCGAAGAUGCUCAAAGGAAUCGGUUGCCGGUGGGUCCUGCUCGGGCACUCUGACCGGCGCAACGUCUUGGGCGAAACGGACGCGCUCAUUAGCGCGAAAGUCAGGCAGUGCCUGGAAGCCGGCCUGAACGUGAACAUCACGAUCGGUGAGAAGGCCGAAGCCCGGAGCGCCGGGGAGGAGCUGAAAGUGCUUCAGGCACAGCUGGGGGAGGCAGCCAAAGGUGUGCCGGCGGAUGCCUGGGGAAGGCUCGGUGAACGAGAAGAAUGCCCAGGAAGAAGGGCUUUGAGGUUGUGGGAUGGGGGUGAAGGCUUCGUGGAGUACGCUUCGCUUCCGGACGUUGACGGCUUUGUCGUCGGCCGCGCGGGUUUAGACUGCACAAAGCUUUCGUCCAUCUGCAACACGCUGAAGGCCGCGAAGGAGAAGACGGAGAGCUGA